GAAACCAAUCAGAUAGAGAGCCCCAUCGGCUCGGGCUGCCUGCAUGCUGGAGUUAAAAAGUGCUGCUGGCCGAGCGGGAGACUUAGUGCGAGGCGGGGAGGCUGAGCGGUGGAAGAAGGGGCUGGGGAGCCGCACCGCCGACCCGGGUGAGGCUCGGCCACGCCGCCCCUGCGUGCCGAACUCCUUUGGGACUGCAAAGACUAUUUCAAGAAGGAAGACGGCAUGACAUUGGAUUCAGUGCAGUAAAGUAGGUUAGUUUGAGAACAAGACAAAAAGUCAUUAUUUGGACUUCCUUGUGUUGCCAUGAUGAGAACUUACCAUUGCUUCUGGCUACUGUUUUGGGCUAGUCAGCCCCACCAAAGCUUCUUAACUCCGUUAUCCAAAAGGACUAGUGGCUUUCCAGAAAAGGAAAAGGUUUUGGUAUUGUCUGGAAACAGCAGGCAAGACCUCCAUCGUUCCAAAAGGAGCUGGAUGUGGAAUCAGUUCUUUUUAUUGGAGGAAUACACAGGAACUGACUACCAGUAUGUUGGCAAGCUGCAUUCAGACCAGGAUAAAGGAGAUGGAUCACUUAAAUACAUCCUUUCUGGAGAUGGAGCAGGAGACCUCUUCAUUAUCAACGAAAACACUGGUGACAUCCAGGCUACAAAGAGACUAGACAGGGAAGAAAAGCCGGUAUACAUACUCCGUGCCCAGGCUGUAAACAGAAGGACUGGAAGACCAGUGGAACCAGAAUCUGAGUUCAUCAUUAAGAUCCAUGAUAUCAAUGACAAUGAGCCAAUGUUUACAAAGGAUGUUUACAAUGCCAGCAUUCCUGAAAUGUCAGAUGUUGGUACCUUUGUUGUGCAGGUCACCGCAACUGAUGCUGAUGAUCCUACAUAUGGGAACAGUGCUAAAGUUGUCUACAGCAUUCUCCAGGGACAACCAUAUUUCUCUGUCGAAUCUGAAACAGGCAUUAUUAAAACUGCUUUGCUAAACAUGGACCGUGAAAAUAGAGAGCAGUACCAAGUGGUCAUCCAGGCUAAAGACAUGGGAGGCCAGAUGGGCGGAUUAUCGGGAACCACCACUGUGAACAUCACGUUGACGGACGUAAAUGACAAUCCACCUCGCUUCCCCCAGAGCACAUAUCAAUUCAGAGCUCCUGAGUCUAUGCCACUAGACUCACCAGUUGGCAGGAUAAAAGCCAAUGAUGCUGACAUGGAUGAAAAUGCAGAGAUUGAAUACAGCAUCACUGAGGGGGAUGGAUAUGACGUGUUUGGAAUUACCACAGACAAGGACACACAGGAAGGAAUUAUAACUGUGAAAAAGGCAUUGGAUUUCGAAAAUAAAAACUUAUAUAUUCUCAAAGUGGAAGCUGCAAAUACUCAUGUAGACCCUCGAUUCCUGUACUUGGGGCCAUUCAAGGACUCAGCUACAGUCAGAAUUCAGGUGGAGGAUGUAGAUGAACCCCCUGUGUUCAGCAGACCAGCAUACAUAAUGGAAGUGAAAGAAGAUGUUCCAAUAAACAGUGUAAUAGGAACAGUAACUGCUCAGGAUCCAGAUGCUGCCAGGAACCCUGUCAAAUACUCUGUAGAUCGUCACACUGAUAUGGACAGAGUAUUCAACAUCAAUUCAGGAAAUGGUUCGAUAUUCACUUCAAAACCUCUUGACCGGGAAACAUUGCUGUGGCACAACAUUACAGUAAUAGCAGCAGAGAUCAACAACCCAAAACAAAGCAGCCGCGUUCCAGUGUUCAUUAAGGUUUUGGAUGUAAAUGACAACGCUCCAGAGUUUGCCAUGUUUUACGAAACCUUCGUCUGUGAAAAUGCAAAAGCAGAACAGCUGAUACAAACAUUAAGUGCUGUUGAUAAAGAUGACUCUUACAAUGGACAUCAGUUUUCAUUCUCCUUAGCUCCUGAGGCAGCCAGCAGCUCAAACUUUACACUACAGGACAACAGAGAUAACACAGCAGGGAUUUACACUCGAAAAACCAGAUAUAACCGGCAUGAAACGAGUACCUACUUCUUGCCAGUGGUAAUAUCAGACAAUGAUUACCCUAUCCAGAGCAGCACUGAAACAGUGACUAUUCGAGUAUGUGCUUGUGACCAUCGAGGCAAGAUGCUGUCCUGCAAUGCAGAAGCCUUGAUUCAUCCUACUGGUCUUAGCACUGGGGCUCUUAUUGCCAUUCUUCUCUGUAUCAUUAUAUUACUUGUUACAGUGGUGCUGUUUGCAGCACUGAGACGGCAGAGGAAAAAAGAGCCUUUGAUUAUUUCCAAAGAAGACAUCAGAGACAACAUUGUCAGUUAUAAUGAUGAAGGUGGUGGAGAGGAAGACACCCAGGCAUUUGAUAUUGGCACACUGAGAAAUCCUGAAGCCAUAGAUGAUAAUAAAUUGCGCAGAGACAUUGUGCCCGAAACACUUUUUAUACCACGGCGGACUGCAACAGCACGGGAUAACACGGAUGUCAGAGAUUUCAUUAACCAAAGGUUAAAGGAAAAUGAUACAGAUCCAACAGCCCCCCCAUAUGACUCGUUAGCAACCUACGCAUAUGAAGGUAAUGGUUCUGUGGCCGAGUCCCUCAGUUCCUUGGAGUCGGUGACUACAGACGGAGAUCAGGACUACGAUUACCUCAGUGACUGGGGACCUCGGUUUAAAAAGCUGGCAGAUAUGUAUGGUUCAAUGGACAGUGACAAAGACUCUUAAUAUGUUGCCUUUUUUUUUUUUCUUUCUUUUUAUUUCCUGUCCUCGUUUUCAGAAACAGCGUUGGGAUAUGUGAAGUGGCUAUUUCUUUCUAUUUCUCCACAGCUGUGUGAAAAGGGUUCUCUAUUCUACCCAUUUGAAUUGUCUAAUGACAGCAGUCUGUGUGGGUUAGCCAUCAGAAAACUUUCUCUAAUAUCAUUUUUUGAGCUUCCAAGAGGCAAAAUCCUUAUUUUUUAGUGCAUCCAGUUUACCAGGCUAGUCUUACAGGCACAGCAGUAGUGGAGGGGAAAGAAAGGAUCAGAUGGGGAGCAGUAUUUUUACUUGUUCUGCUUAUAUUGUAAAUUGGGAUAUAUUACUGUUUAAGCUCACUUGCUCUUCUUACUUGUAUUCAGACUAUUCAGCUCAGACAAUUGCUCUGUCGAUUGUGUAUUGCACAUCCCAUUGUAAUGAGGUACCCUAGUUUACCCUAUGUAUUAUAGUUAAAAGUAGUGGUGAUGGAACGAAGGUUUAUUAUACAAGUAAGAGUAAGCCAAGAAAAAACAUCAAACACGCAUUUUACUCAUGGAGGUGGUAGAAAGGCUUAAUGGUCAUUUAAACCUAAGUGUUUCUCUAGAACUUGACAUUGCCCCCAUUGCACUGAAUCAUACUAACACACACAUAUAUAUAGUUCAUUGACUUCUCUGUAUAUAUUCUUCUGACCUAGCAUUGCUGGAGAGAUGUGUGUGCGUGCACGUGUGUGUGGUCAGUAGCCCCAGUAUCUAAUUCUUAGAUGAUUUCCCAAUUCUAACCCAGACCUGCUUUGCAAUACAUGGAAAGUCAUCAAAUCCAACCACAGAUUAGGUCAUGACUUGGACAAAGGAACAGAUCAUAACUGUGCUUUUGUUUGCACUUCUUCAGUUGGCCUCCACCUGCACAUCAGUUCAGUGAUGGCCACUGCACUGGGGAGGUGGGAGUCAGGAUGUUCAUAUCCAGCUACUUCUGCCUGUUCUCAUGCGCAGAUGGGGAGGAGUGGCCUCAAAGUGACUGCCACCCACUAGAGCAAACAGAGCUAUUGCAGAGGAGGAAACAGUGUUUUUUUUGUCCUCACCUUCUCUACCUGGAUGCCCAGAGUGGAUUCCUGACUUGACUCUGCCCAGUUAUGCUAUCUGUAAAAUGGGGAAGUAAUGCCUACCUCAUCAGGAUGUUGCAAGAACCAUGUAAGUCAUUUGGAAAAUGCUUUAGAAAUGGAAAACGUUGGCAUUCUACUGGAGGAAGUAAAUUGUCAUGGGUUUGGGUUGUUUUCUUUUUUUUUUUUUCUUCCAGAUUCAAGCCCUGAAUGCACAGGGCUUGUGAGAAGUGAGAAUUAAUUGUCAUUCCAGUGGCCUGAAAAAGUAGGGUUUAUAACUAUAACUCAUUUUUUAAAGUAAACUACACAGCCAAGUUUGUUAAAGACUUCACCAAAAGGUAAAAUUUUAAUCACAAGUGUCACAUUAAAAGGGGCAGAAAAGAAGAAUUUUCAUAUUUUCAUAUUCAUAUUCUAUGUUCUAGAUGGUAGAGCAUAGUUCUGUAGUAAUUUAGUUUUAAGGUACUGUCAGCAGAAAAGUUGUAAUUGUAUUGCUGGUGGGAUCAUAGGUAAAAUUGGCUAGAUACCACCAGGAUUUAUUUUUUUUUAAAAUAUAUAUAUAUUUUUAAAUUAAUUGUAUUAUUCCAGAUCAUGUUUUGAAUUUUAAUAGGUAAGGUGUUUUUCCUUCACCUUUCUUUUAUGAUAGUAGUUGUUAUUGAUUGUAUCCAUCAGUGUGUCUGGCUGCGUCUUAGAGUCAAAGAGACAUUGGUUUGGAUGAUGCUAAAUGCAUCUGUGAUUGACUGAUGAUCUUUUUUUUCUUUUUUUUUUUUUAAUCAAUUCCCUCUCGUGAUAACAGAUUUGUUAAAGGCCAUUGAUUAGUUCCCAAAGUUAAAAGGGAAAAGUUGUAGAUGGUUGUUUCGAUUUACUUAGGUCAGUGGUAAUCGUAACCAGUUUAUUAAUAUAUUAAUAUUUGAGAGCUCAAGUUAUUAGAACUUUCAGUCCUGUUCUCAGGAUAUUAAUUGCAUUCCACAUAUAAGGUUGUCAGGGAUGGUGUAAUUGUAGAAAUACGAUUUUGUAUCAACAGCUUGACUCAUUUGAGAAUUGAAGGCCCAAGCUCACUUGAGAGUUGGGGUCUGUUUAAAGGUAUAUUUUAAAGUUACGUUAGUAUUCAUGCUUAAAAAAAGUAGGCGUAUCUAUUUUUUCGUUUUUAGUAUAGUUUACAACAAGGCGUAACACUGUUGUCAUGCAUUUAGAGCAUUAUUUUUAAUUUAGUAUCCUAUUGAGAUGAUGUUUUUGUUAAUUCCUUUUAGAGAUAGAAAGUGGUGAUUUCCAUUCUUCUUUGUGAUGGUCCAUUUCUGUUUACAAAAACUAGUUUAAGCAGAAGUAUACUUAGAAGUACGCAUUUUUUAAUUAUGAUCACCCCAUCACACAUAAAUUUUAUAAAAUUAAAUGAUAACUUUAUACCGUGUUUCUGUUAUAAACAAGAUGAAAGCAUAGGUUGUGUUAAAGUAAAAUUGUUUUUCCCCUUUUUUUUUUUCUUCAGUGGGUGAAUUGCUCUUAUCACAUUCUUUUAACAAUGAUUGAUUAGCAUAGAUAAGAGAAGUAAGGUAAAGUAAGAAGUACUUAGGAGAAUAUAAAUAUUUCAUUAAAAAUGGUUAUAGUUUUUUUAUUAUUAUUAUUUUAUUUUAUUUGCAGGUCUUUUUUGCAUUCUGUAGUUGUCUUUCCUUUUAGACAGGAAGAAAAAAUUAGUUAAAUCAUUUCAAUAAAUCCAGAGUCUCCUGAGGAAGACUUGGAAAAGUUAAUACAUAUUUAUAUAAUUUCAGACAUGCGUAAAUCCUGGUAUCUACUUCCAAGUUGAAUUGGUUGAAUUUUUAAAUUGAAAUAAAGUUAUAUAUUCAUGAGGUAAAAGUUUUUUCCACCCUAUUCUCAUAUUUAGUAAAGGGAAAAGACAAAGUAAACUUAUUAAAAUUUAAACUAACAAUACAUAAAAUGGUUUGUUUUAUAUAACUUGGUUAAUAGUUGGUCUUCCAACAAAUGGUUCUUGAUGAAAACACAAACAAAUUACAAGAAUUAAUAAACUAAUAAUCUAAGUAAUUAUUAAAAGUUUCAUCAGUCUCAGCCAGUUCUGAUUCACUUGUAGCUUGUUCCUAUAAAAAGAUGAGGUGAAAAUUUGACCUACUAUAAAUUAAUCAUUAAAAAAAACCAACCGAAGGAAUAAUUCAUCGAGUGUAGACUUAGUUUCUGUGUAUAUUACAAAAGUGAAAAGAAUUUAAGAGAAAUUUGCUGUCAGUCUCUUCGCUCAGUUGUCAGUGUGUGUGUUUGUGUUGCAUUCCUAGAGAAAGAGGAAAAGAAAAAAAGAAAAAAACAUAAGUCCCAAAGGGGUUUCUCUUGCAGGUUAUCACUUAAUGAGUCAGGUUGUUUAACGCAGUGGUUAAAAGUCAAGCACUGAUGUUUAAUUCUUUGCAAUAAAACAGCUAGGUAAGAAAAACAAAAGGAAGUAUAAGAUCACAUUGUUUUUGCUGAAGUAUGCUUUCUUUUUAUGCAUAUUCCUGUGAAACAGAAGGAAAGAAAAGAAAUAUGCUUGGUUCACUCUUGAACUAGUGAGGUUGGUUAGAAACAGGUGUUUAAGAUUAAGAAAAAAUUUCAACUUUGGCUUCACAAAGUGUUUGCCACUUAGUUUUGACAGUUUAGUCUCCGAGUUUGGGGGUGAAUCGCAUCUUUGAUCAGAGGGAGUCUGAUCUUUGAUCAGACUGCUUGUAAAGAUUCGACAAGAGUCACUGUUUGAGCUGGGUUUCUUUUAGGGUUUUUUACAGGCUUCUGCUUCUCACCCUGGAGCCAUGAGUUAGCUUUAUCAGUUUCAUAGGUAACACUUGUUCCAUUCAGUUUACUCCAGUGGCUGGAUGCUGUCUGGAAAGUCGAUGCAGCUUCUCAGCAUCCCACUGCCUUAGCAUUGACUGGAUUUCAAUCUCUCUUGAUUUAAGGUCAGAUUUUGAUAGUUUAAUAGCAGUCAAAAAAUUAGUAUGCAGUUUUUUGAAGCAAAAGGUAAUCCACAAUUUUGUCUUUACAUUUUUUUCCCAGACAGACAGGAAAAUUAACAAAGCCUGAGUGAGUGAUAAAAUUUUUUCUUUGAGAGUUGUUACCACCCCGUGAAUACCUAAGUAGGCUUGGUGUAUUUUAGUUGUUAAGUUCACGAUAUUAAGCACAGCAGCUGCUUGUAGAAAUGCGUUGGCACACAAGUGCCUGUAAUAGUUAAUAUUAAUUGGUUUUCUGAGUUCAUAUCAACUACGAAAAUUCUGUUUCACCCUGCAGAUGCAGAGUUUUUAAUCGCAAAGCUAAGAGCAAACAACCUAUUUAUUUAGGUGGAUUUUAGUAGCUUGGCAAACACUAACUUUAGUGAGUCUAACACUUUGUAUUUUUUUCUUUAAUGUAUGCACAUUCCACAGCUUUGUUUGAUUGCGUUUAACAGCAAGCAGUUUCGCUGGAAGGUUUUUUUUCUUUUUUAGCAUAUAACACCUCUUUUACCUGCAGCUCGUUUUGUCCGAAGUCUGCUGUAGCAAGUGAAAAUUUAAGGUUGUUCACUUCAGUUCUAAACGACUUGUUUAUAGCAGCAAGUUCAGAAACUGGAGUUUUCAGUUGUUCUCCUGUUUCCCCUCUUAUGGGUUAACAAUAACUUUAAUACUUGAUUUUCUGAUUUCAAAACCACAUAUUCAACGUCACUGAUCAGUUUAGAAGGAGGUAAAGUUUUAGAUUUUUGUUGUGCACAAAACACACUUUUUGUUCGAAUUGUAAUUCCAGUUUCUCUGUAUUUUCUUGCAUUUUUACCACCUCUAUUGGAGAGCAGGAAUCAUUGUGCAAAACACUACAUUCAUUUUCAUUAGAAUUACAGUUUUCUCUGGUUUUAUCAUAGCAAAUAUCUCCUUUCCAGAUUCCCAUAUCUGGAUGAGUUAUUGACUUUUGAGGCUGUUUGGCUCCAACAACCAAUUUGGUUGUUUGUUUUUCUAGCGGUUGUUUCUCUUUGCAGUUCACAAGCAGAGUUUAAGGUGGUCCAUGCAUUUCACAACUUUUCCUUUAGCUUUUUUAAACAUUUCAGUGCACUCUUUCUCCACUUGGGAAGAGGUAAAUCUGCAUUUUUGCAGAAGAAUAUUCAUGACACCCCACUUUCUUGGUACCAUUUUCUGUCACGUUAAAAGGGGCAGAAAAGAAGAAUCUUCUGUCCAACCUGUAUUAAUUUAGUUUUUAUCUAUCAGUGUCCUCCCUCCAGGAGAUCAAAGCCAUUUAAUGUCCAAAACAGUCUGGUAGUGUCUCACCUAAUGAGACCCUUUGCUAACAGAUUCGCUGAGACAGAUAGGACAUCUGAUACCUUUUAUAUAUAAGGACUGCACUUAAUAGAAGUAGAAAAUCCCUUCAGCAAAUUUCUCCUAUGAGUUAUUUCACCAUUGAGGAAACUGUCAGCAUCUAAGAAUGGACUCACUCUAACAGUUCAUAAAAUAACAUGUUUAUUAAUGCAAAUUUGUGAUAAUUUUUGGAGUUCGCUGUGUCUGGAAUAGGGUCUAACUACAAAAAAACACACUUAAAACUAUGUAGUAAUAAUAGCAAUGCAAAGCAUAGGCGCAGACGCUAAAGCAAAAGCAACUUACAAAUAAGUAAGAACUUAAAAAGAGUAAGUAAAGCAAAAAACUUAAGUACACACUAUAAAGCAAAAGCAACUUACAACAAAGUAAUAAGGAAAAAUUUUAAAGUACUAUGGAGCAAAAGUAAAAUUAGUAUAUAUGUAUAAAGCAAUCGUUCACCCCAAGGCAUCCCGAGAAGAUGGAGGAAGAAGAGGUAGCCCAUAGGUUACCUCCGCAGAGUUCAUGGAACUUCUCCAUGAUUUUUGCUUGCAUCCAAUCUUUUUUUAUACCUUUUUUCUUUAGGCAGUUUGAGUGGCUAUAGUCAGUAAACUAAUUUUGGGGUGAUAGACAGAUGAAAUAAGCCCAAAGGUCCACUUCCUGAGUUCCCAGCAGGCAGGAUGUGCUUGAAAAAAGGCCAUGUUAUCUCCAUACCGUAUCACUCCUUUCUUCAUUUUAAUCCUUUUAUCAGUUUCUGGGAAUGUCUCCCCAAGUGCUGGAGUUUUCCAAGAAUCCAUCAGGAGGGUUUUUUCUUCUUUUGUGUGGCCUUACCUACCACCUUAGAACAAGUCUCUGUGUGUAUGUUUAUCUCCUUUGCCAAGCUAAGUAAUUUUUGUCCAUGGUGGGGGGAGACACCAUAAUCUUAGACCAGAACUGUUUUCAUGAUAGCUUGCUCACCACUCAGAAUUUCAGUUGAUUUGUGAAAUGUUUAAUGGCCUUGCUCUUCAAAUUCAGCCUUCUAGGAGAGACUGUCUGGAGAAAAUCCUAAGGUACUGCCAUGGGGCAUAUCCAAUUUCCAGGAGCUAAAAGCGACCCUGUGUCCCAAAGUAGGGAACCAGCCCAUGGCUCAGUGUCAAGGAAAGAAGGAAUUAAUUUUUUUUUAAUAUACCUCAUAGAUAACUAUUCUCAUUUAUUUAAUUUUGAAACAGUAUUUAAUACCAGAAUUACAGGAAUGGAUCUAUUCCCCCUCUGCCAGACCUUAAGUGAAUCAGUCUGAAAACUAAACAGCUCCAAUUUACUCCAAAAAUAAAGAGAAAUGAGAAAAAAGUUAAUAAACAGAAAAUAAAGAGGGAUUAAAAAUUAAUCUCUGGUAUUCAUUACUCCUAGUGAGUUAAAGAGAGCAGUAAGAGUCCCAAGUACUAGACUUUUACAACCACAAUGAUGUAACUUCAGGUUUUGCAAACCAGCUCACAUGGAAGAGAAUGAGCCGGCCAUGCUGCAGUGCCUGGCUGGGGCAAGAAGGGACUCCUUUGCAGUGGGGAGAACUGCACACCUAUGGGUGUAGGGCAGAUUAGCUAGUGGCUUGCAGAUGCCCAACAUGAUAGAUUGGAUGGGUUUACAGAGCCGAAGAGCCCAGAUUUUCCAAGGGUCCUGAGCCCCCAGCCUCCCUGAGGCAGGCCUCUCACAAUGUUUUAAGUCCAUCAGUUCCCAACUCCAUUGCUUAGAGGGCCUGAGCCCAUUGCACCCAUCAUGAUGGUAAUGGUACAGCUAGACACUUAUUAUGUCCUCCUGAGGGCCCCUAAGUAAUUUAAGAUGAUAAAAGCCUUUGAAAGCCUAGCAUUUCAUGGCUUCCAUGAAAUCAGAGCUUCUAGGAAGCAAUCUGUCCAAAAGCUGGCUCUGACAGACAGGAGAGACCAUCUGGAUUUCAGAUAUGUGGAGGAGCAGCAGAUGCUCAGCACCACCUGCCAGAAGUCCCUCACUUCUGGCUGCUCCCCUCAUACAAUCAGGGGGGCCAGCCUAUCCCUCCAGGGGCUCCUAAACGUGCGCCUCUCUCACCCUUCACUGUGGGGUUGCCUCCAGCAAAUAACCUCAAGCUUGGAGCUCACUGGAUGCCCAAAGCGAGCCAGUGAACUGUCCUUUCCUCUCCUUCAGCCCCGAGGAAACAGAUUGUGUGUGGAGGGGAUGGCAGAGGUGGCUGUGAAACUGUGCAGGUGUUCAGCCCUGUGAGCCACCCCCAGCUCACCGGGAAGAGGGAAUCACUGGCGCUUUACUGAAGACAGACCCUGUGCCCUGAAGGGGCUGGGCCACUCUGCAGGUCAGCCUGCAUUAGUCACUUCUAGGGAUGGGUUAACAAGACAGAAGGAUAACUUGUAACUACUUUCCUACCUUUGUACAGUGCUUUUGUCUGAUUUAGUGAUUGUUAGUAGCAGUCCAAGCGCGAGUUUUGGAUUGGUUUGAUUUCUUUCCUUUUAAUUCAAAGCUGAUUAUUUCUUGUCCAUUGAGUGACACAGUAAAUAAUAGAGAAUGGCUACUCAUGCCUGUUAUGUAAAUAUAUAUAUAAAAUUAUGUUAUGUCACCACAAAUAGGGUACCUGAAUAGCAAAUGCAUUCUUCUAAGAAAAUUUGAGGCAAACUUGCAUCCACAUUAUUAUUUAUGCAUCUAGGUUUUAAGAUCUAUUUUUUUUCCUGCAAAUUACACAAAUUUAGCAUCUCUCACACAGCAGGAAGAGUUCAGUUCUUCCUUUUCUUCUUGCUUGGCAGUACCACAAAGUGCAAUUUAUAAAAUCAGUAUUGCAUAUUAAAUAUUGAAAGUGCCAUAUUGCAGUGAAUACAAAACUUUGCAGUAGAAUUUCUUUGCACUUUAUUGCAUGGCAGCGUGCUAGAUGAUAGAAAUUAAUAUUUAACAAUGCUUUCACACAGUGCUACAGUUGUCAUUUACAGAUAAACAAGUGUUGGACUAUGGGCUAUGAAGUGGGUUUCAAGGCUGUUUUAAGCCUGCUCUUCUUACAACCACACCUAUUUAAGAAGAAAUAAUAUUAUUAGGAAGUUUAGCUAAGCCAGGUAGAGAGAUGGCAAUGCAGUUGCCUUUUAAUUUGGAAAAGCAUCUGACCUAACAGCAGGAGACCUAUUAAAAGAUGCCACGGAAUUCAGUGGAGUCAGGAUGAAACAGGGACCUGGGAGACUAUUCCAGCUGUGCUAGUGCAGAACAGUAGUAUCUCUACACUUGGAAUAAGGUUUCUACUGUAGCUUUUUCAUCCCAACUCCCAAAAGAGUCAGUUUAUCUCAGAAAAAUGGGGGGAGGUGGUGUUUUUGUUUUGUGUUUGUUUGAUUAUUUCAGGUUAAACCCAAUUAUAUCCCACAGCAGCACUGAUAUGGGGAGACAUAGCAGCCCAUGCCUCCAAUACAGUCGUGCCAGGACAUCUUUCUAUGUAGACAAGUGCAUGGAAGAAAGAUGAGGCAAACACUUGCAGAAAGCUCUGCACAAGGGAAUUUGGGUGUUUCUACAGGGCUCUACCAAUGGGAUGUGUUCCCAAACCUGACAUAGAUGGAGUUGUGUCUAACCGUGAGAAAAAAAGUUGUCUCUAUUUUUGAGUUAUUUCUGGUAAAAAAAUUGCUGGCAAAGGUACCUAGUAGAAAAAGAACACUUCACCUGUACCAACACCAAUAUUUGCUAAAUUUUUCCUCAGAAAAAGAUAUAUUUUUCUGGUCUUAAUUCGUUCUAUGGACAGGUAUUUCUUAUCUGUUAAAUGUGAAUGGGAGAGGCAACCUUCAAAUAAUACACUUUUGGAAGUAGCAGGACACAUGACAUCACAAGAAUCCCACAAAACCAAGUAACUGAACAUCUGCAGUACCAUAAAAA